ACAAAAUGUUCAAGGAGCUAGUAUUGUGGAUGCAUCAUCUGGCCCACGACUUUUGCUUGGCUCGACCAAUGGCACCGAUACCCCGACAUGGCUGUCGUGUGCCAGUAAAGAAUGGAUUCUUCGCCAAUUUGAUUUUCUUUGUGGCCAUUGUGACGCCGCUGUACUUUUGCCUGUUAAAGGAUGUGAUUGCCAUGAUCACCAAGCCCAAGAAGCGUUAAUCCUCGCCAGGACACUAUCCUUUUUAAGUCAUAGUUUGGUCAGUCAAUGUAGUAGCUAGUUCAAAUCCCAACCCAAUCAAUACAGUUUGUGGCAUCGUCUAAAUA